AAAAUAAUCGAUACUAUCGAUAGUGCUGUCGAUGGUUUUGAAGCCCUAAUUCAUCGGUGUUAUGACAUCGUCGUCGCGCAGCCAACUUAACGCAGGGAAUCUUUGACAGCUCACAGGAUGAUGAUGCAACGCACUACGCUUUUGCUGCCCAUGGCCCUUGAAGCCACCAUGCAGGCCCAGCAGCAGCGUGGCAUGGCCACCUUGAAGACCAUUUCCAUGCGCCUGAAAUCGGUGAAGAACAUUCAGAAAAUUACGCAAUCGAUGAAGAUGGUGUCCGCGGCCAAAUACGCCCGUGCCGAGCGUGAUUUGAAGGCGGCGCGUCCUUACGGCAUCGGUGCCCAGCAGUUUUUCGAAAAGACCGAGAUCGUGGCCGAUGAGAAGGACGAGCCCAAGAAGCUGCUCAUCGCCGUAACAUCGGACCGUGGUCUGUGCGGUGCCGUUCACACUGGUGUGGCGCGUCUCAUUCGCGGCGAGCUGGCCAUCGAUGAUACCAAAACCAAGGUGUUCUGCGUGGGCGACAAGUCUCGCUCCAUUCUGGCUCGUUUGUACGGCAAGAACAUCCUGAUGGUGGCCAGCGAAAUCGGUCGUCUGCCCCCCACUUUCCUGGAUGCCUCGAAGAUCGCCCACGAGGUCCUGAACACUGGUUACGAUUAUACCGAGGGCAAGAUCGUGUACAACAAGUUCAAGUCUGUGGUGUCGUACCAGUGCAGCACACUGCCCAUCUUCGGUGGCCCCACUGUCGAGAAGUCUGAGAAGCUUGCCACUUAUGACUCGCUCGACAGCGAUGUCGUCAAGAGCUACUUGGAGUUCUCGCUGGCCUCCCUCGUCUUCUUCGCCAUGAAGGAGGGUGCCUGCUCGGAGCAGUCCUCCCGUAUGACGGCCAUGGACAAUGCUUCGAAGAACGCCGGUGAGAUGAUUGACAAACUUACACUCACAUUCAACCGCACCCGACAGGCUGUCAUCACUCGCGAGCUGAUUGAGAUCAUCUCUGGUGCUGCUGCCCUCACAUAAGCUGUCGUCUGUCCCCCUACGGAAACCCGCAGUUCGAACAGCUCCAACGAUAUAAAACGUAAUUGCAUAUGAUUCAAGGUGCCCAGGAGCAGCGCCUUGGAUUACAUUAAUGUUAAAGUCUUUCUGAAUAACUCCCAGAAUAAAUAGCGUGGAACGAACGAACCGAA